UAAACGUAUUUACUUUUCCAUAAACACCAACACUCUUACCACUUAAAAACACGUUACAGCCAGAGUGGUGGCGCACACCUUUAAUCAAUCCCAGACACAGAGGCAGAGGCAAGCAGAUCUCUGUGAGUUCAGGUUCAGUCUGACCUGCAUAGCGAGUUCUUCUGUGGACACGAAACUGGUUUCUAAGAUGCGGUGCCCAGGCUCGGCCAGCCUCCAGAGGCUGACCAGGACGCUCGUGGAGACACGGGGAAGAGUCAACCUCUGGCCCCGGGAAUGUCCAGGUCUACAGAUCGUUUGAGACAUCCCGCCUUUCCGGAGCCAAUUGCAGUACAGCUGCUCCUGGCGGUGACAACCAAUCAUCUGCCGCUGCGAUGGCUCACAGAGAAGGCGUUGAGGCAGCAGGUGGCAGGUAUUUUUUUGAACCCCCCCCCCCCACACACACACACACAGAAACGAGCAUCAACCCUCCUGACGCGGCCAUUGUGUUUAAGGGCAAAAGGGCCGCUGCAUUUGCAAAUGGGCAGAGGAAGUUCGAAAGCCGCCAUAUUUGCCCAGCGGCACAAAUGGCGCCCGAGUGCCGUCAAUGGCAACUGAAGCCAGGCCGUCGCCAUGUUUUCUGAAGGCAUCGGCUUCCUUCACCCGAGUCGUGUCUCUGUCCGAGUGGCUGUGGAGUGAACUAUGCAGCCUCACUAGUCUCCACCGGAGCCCUGCAGUCCUCACACCGCCCACUUUGUCCUGCUCCCGGCGGGGCCGAUCGUGACUAAGGGGCGUGGCCGAGGGCGUGGUUUCUCGGGGAAGCCGAGGCCGGAAGCCGGAGGCUGGGGCGGCCAAGCCGCUGCCCCGGCAGGAACUCCGAUGGCGCCACCCCCUGCCCCGCUGCUGGUGCCGAUGCCCGGGGAGAUCUGGCCUGGUUUCAGGAAGCCUGAGCUCGUGAGCUUCGCGGACGUGGCCGUGUACUUCUCCCCGCAGGAGUGGGGGUGUUUGCGGCCCGCGCAGAGAGCCCUGUACCGGGAGGUGAUGCGCGAGACCUACGGCCUCCUGGGCGCGCUCGGGUUCCCGGGCCCCAAACCAGCCCUCAUCUCUUGGAUGGAGCAGGAGAGUGAGGCUUGGAGCCCCGCCGCCCAGGAUCCUGAGGAGGGGAAAAGCCUGGGAGGAACUCCGAGAGGAGAUACUUCAAAUGAGAAGGAGCAGGGCCCCAAGGAAGGAACCGAGAGACUGGCAGAGACUCCUCCUGCUCAGUUGCAAUCUAAAGAGGUGGCUGAACAAAAGACUUAUUCUAUGGCUACCAAGUCCUCUGCAGGGGUACAGCUGCCACCCAAAGCUGCCCCAGGCCAGGCCCAGGUACCCAGCACAGAUGCCCAGGCCAGCCAGCGACGCCAUGUGUGCAUGGACUGCGGGCGCCGCUUUAACUACCCUUCUUUGCUGAUCAACCACCGGCGCAUGCACACGGGUGAGCGACCCUUCCCCUGCCCAGAGUGCGGCAUGCGCUUCAAGAGGAAGUUUGCCAUGGAAGCACACCAAUGGAUCCACCGUUCCUGUUCCGGGGGUCGCCGUGGCCGGAGGCCUGGGAUCCGGUCUGUGCCUGGAGCCCCAGUCCGAGAUGACCGGGAUCCGCCAGUGCUCUUUCGGCACUAUCCAGACAUCUUUGAGGAGUGUGGGUGAGCUGAAAAGCUGCCUGCAUCGGGAGCAGAGGAUGAACUCGGCACUAAGAACCGAGGGAGUCAAGACUUGGGAAAUGAAAUACAGAACUUUGACUUUUCUCAAGAAUCCCUUGUAAGAUUGUGAAAAGUGCCUGUAAAGACUCCUAUAGAUUAAACCUCACACCUGCUGCCCUC